AUGACUCUCUCCAGUGAAUUUGAAGCCUCGCAACACGCCGCUUCGCCCACAGAGGAGGAUGAGAUUGACAUAGUGGGCGAGGAUAAGCCUACCCACGGACGUUUAUAUGGAAACGAGUGCUCCACGGACGCGGGCUCCUCAGCAGAAUCUGGUGCUGAAUGUGACUCCUCAGAGCCGGACUCGUCGGGGGAGAGUGAGAACAGUUUCUACCCAGACGCACAGCCGUCCAGGAAAGCCCAGAGCAGCUCGGUGAAGCCUCCCUACUCCUACAUCGCCCUCAUCACCAUGGCCAUCCUGCAGAGCCCGCUGAAGAAGCUGACGCUGAGUGGCAUCUGCGACUUCAUCAGCAACAAGUUCCCCUACUACAGGGAAAAGUUCCCCGCGUGGCAGAACUCCAUCCGGCACAACCUCUCCCUCAACGACUGUUUCAUCAAGAUCCCGAGGGAGCCUGGGAACCCGGGCAAAGGCAACUACUGGUCCCUGGACCCAGCUUCGGAGGACAUGUUCGACAACGGCAGCUUCCUGCGGCGAAGGAAGCGCUUCAAGAGAAACCAGCCCGAGUUUGGCAAAGAUGGACUUAUGUUUUACUCCAGCAUGAACUUCCAGCGACCGUAUGGGCAGCCUUACUAUGUGCAGGGCCAGGUGAGCCCCCCACCCACCGCUCCUCUCCGGUAUAUGCCCCUGCAGGAGGGCAUCAUGAUGCCUCCCUCCAACUAUCACCUCCUACCACAAACUCUGAACAACCAAGGGAAGUGCGGUGGUGCCAAAGACUUCAGAGUGUGCCCAACAGAGCUCAGUGAGCCAAAGUCGGGCCCGCAGGCCAAGUGCUCCUUCAGCAUCGACAGCAUCAUCAGCAAACCCUCUCCCUUCGCCCCUCAGAACCCAAACCCACAGCAGGGCCCACACACCGUGUACGGUCACCUCAUGUCGGGCCCCUCAUGUUUGGUCCCGAGGCUCCUGCAGGCUCCCAGGACUCCUUUCUGCCCUCCUGCCAUGCUGAGCACCGCCGCGUUAAUAAACGAGCAGCUCCGACUCGCCUACCCUCGCUGCUGA